AUGGACAUUGAUAUCCGUGAUUUGAUAGACGAAGAAGAUGAUGAUAAUCAAGAAGAAAUGACUGCCCAGAAGGUAUUACAAAUUGUUGAACGAGCUUGGCUAAAUGAAAAAUUUAGUCCAGAAAUACUGCCACAUCAGACGGACUAUGUUGAUUGUUUGCUAGAACAAAUCAAGGGAAUGGAAGGAAAUCUUGCCAAAUUAUCUAAAACCGAUCCAAAAGUGGACUUGCACAAACUUGAACUAGAACGUAUUAAAUUUGUUAUAACUAGCUAUUUGCGAACUAGGUUAAAGAAAAUAGAAAGUUUUUGUGUGAGUGUCCUUGAAGAAGAAGCCACUCGUUCUGAAGAGGAUGCGUAUUUAUCAACUGCAGAGCUUAAAUUUGCUAAAGAAUUUGCUCUGAAUGCUGACAAUCAUUUUGACACCAUACUCCGGCAUAUGCCUCAUCUAUACAACAAAUUGGAUAGAAAUAAAAAAAUUAUCGAGCCCAAUUUAAAUAGUUUUGUUUUUUUAAAAUGUAACAAGCAUAUAGAUAGUGUUAUUAUAAAAAAUACAUUGGAAGGCCAGGAAGAAGAAAUUGUAUUGGAAGAUGGUUCUCAGCAUUUGAUGCCUUAUAGUUCAGUUGCCGAAUUUGUGAAAAAGGGUACUGUUCAAUUGAUCUAA